GCAGGGGCACCGCGCUGCAGGGGCACUGCCCACGCCGGGGUGGUGAGGGGGCACCCAUCCCUGCGUCCCUGCGUCCUCUUUUCCCUCUUGACCUUCGCAGAGCCCUCAGCCCCGCCAUGGGGCGGCUGUGACGGAGCGGGGCCGCGGCAGGACGGGCGCUGGAUGGGAACGGCGGCUUCCCAAAGGACACGGCUGGGGACGGCACCGUCCUGCCCCCAGCUCUGAGGAUGCCCCAGCUUCUCCUGCUCAGCUCCCUCUGGCUCUUGGUGGUACCCCCAGCAUUGAGCAUCUUCCAGAGUUCAACUGGGACCCCGGCCCCCCCCCAGCUGCAGUACCUGCUGGAGCCCCUGCACAGCGCGGUGCACACGCGGCGCGGCGCCACGGCCACGCUGCCCUGCGUCCUGCGGGCGCUGCCCCGCAACUACCGCGUCAAGUGGAGCAAGGUGGAGCCGGCCAACUACGGCGAGAGCGUCAUCAUCAUCACCAACGGGCUCUACCACAGGAACUACGGGCCCCUGAGCCCCCGCGUGCGCCUGCGCCACAGCCACCGCUACGACGCCUCGCUGACCAUCAGCCGCGUGGCGCUGGAGGACGAGGGCCGGUACCGCUGCCAGCUCGUCAAUGGGCUGGAGGACGAGAGCGUCUCGCUCACGCUGCACCUCGAGGGCAUCGUCUUCCCCUACCAGCCCAGCAGCGGGCGCUACAAACUGAACUACCAGGAUGCGAAACGAGCCUGCGAGCAGCAGGACUCCCGCCUCGCCACCUACCAGCAGCUCUACAAAGCCUGGACGGAGGGGCUGGAUUGGUGCAAUGCUGGCUGGGUCCUCGAUGGGACCGUCCAUUACCCCAUCAUCAACUCGCGGGAGCCGUGCGGCGGCCGCCUCCUCCUGCCCGGGGUCCGCAGCUAUGGGGCCAGAGACAAGCAGAAGGACCGGUUCGACGCUUUCUGCUUCACUUCUGCUCUGCAAGGCCACGUCUACUUCAUCCGGGGCCACCUGAACUUCAGGGAGGCGGCGCAAGCGUGCCACGACCACGGGGCCGCCAUGGCCAAAGUGGGGCAGCUCUACUCCGCAUGGAAGUUCUCCCAGCUGGACCGCUGCGAUGGAGGGUGGCUGGAGGACGGCAGCGUGAGGUUCCCCAUCACCACCCCCCGCCAGCGCUGCGGGGGGCUCCCGCAUCCCGGUGUCCACAGCUUCGGCUUCCCCAGCAAGGACCGGCGCAUCUACGGCACCUACUGCUUCGUGGAGGAGUAGGAGCGCCGGGAGGAGAGGUGGGAAUGCGGUGGGAUAG